AUGUCGGGAUCGAGCGUGACGACGCCUAGCGGCGACCCUUCAUUUCUAGAUGAGCGGGAUCUAGAGCCGCGUACCCCUAUGAAGCGUCUCGGCUCCACCAGGAAACUAGCCGCUUUCAACAAUAUUCGCGUUCAACUUUCGGAGCAGGCGCGUGUGGUUGAAGCGAGGGCGGAGGCUGCCGCGAGCGCCGCUGGUGAACUGCACGAGUAUUGCCGCCGGCGAGCGGACCUCGAGCACGAGUACGCGCGCUCCCUGGACAAGCUGGCCCGCGCCGCGGCUCCCUCGGCGCGGCGCCUCAAGCGCGACCACGCUGCGCUCGCCUGCCUCACGGCCGCGCUCGACACGACGCGCCAGCUCGCUAAGGACCAUGCCGCGCUCGCCGACCUGUACGCCGGUCCGCUCGCCUCGCGGCUGCAGCGGGCGGCCGACGACGUGCUGCGCCUACACCGCAAGUGCCGCGACAUCGUCGCCGAACGCCAGGAGGAAAUCGGCGCGGCGUUGGCUGAGGCGGCUGUCGCCGGCAAGGCGCACGCGGCGGCCGCGCAGGAGUGGCGCGCGACGGCGCUCAAGUUGCGCAACGCCCACGCGGCCCGCGAUGCGUCGCUCGCUGUCGAUCCACCGCGCCAUAAGAAACUCAAGGCGCUCGACAAGGAGCUCGAAAAGAGACGGGCGCGGCACAGCGAGGCGCGAGCCAGGGCGCUGCGGGCUCGAGCCGACUACGUCCUCAGCCUCGAAGCGGCCAAUGCUACGCUGCAGCGCUACUACCUUGACGAUAUCGCUGACAUAAUGCUGUGCAGCGAAGUCGGCUUCGAGACGGUCGUCGGCCGCGCGGUACGCACGGCGGGAGCAGCGGAGGGAGCGAGGGCUGCGGCCCUCGCGAGCGCAGCGCGCGCUCUCGCAGGCGCGGCUGACGCCCUCGACGCGUUCGCCGAUCGUCAGCGCACGGUCUCCGCGCACCCGGCCGCUUUCGCACUCCCCAGACCUCUGCCCUACGCCGGCGAGCCCCCGCCGCAGCAAGACGCGAGUAUGCGCGAGAUAGUAGGCGGAGCGGCGCCCGAAGCCGACGAAGCGAGCGAGGCGGUGCGGCGCGAGCUAACGCAGCGCCUCGCUCAGUUGGAAGCGGCGGCGCGGAGCUUACGCGCCGAGUGCCGCGAGCACGCCAAGACUCUCGACGCCGCCGAGGCCGAACUGGUGCGCCAGAUGGAAGGGCCCGACUCUCACUGGGACGUCUCCGGUCUCUUCGGUGUUGCGAUGUCGGCCCCCGCAUACGUUUCUUCGCCCGCCCCGCCCGCCUCUCACGAGGACGACGACGCCCCCAAGAAGGACCAGGAGGAUUACUACUUAGCGAAGUUUCGAUCUUACGUGUCGUGCGCGGGAAGACUGGCAAGACUCGAAAGUAAGGCGGCCGCCGUGCGCGAGCGCCUGUUGCCCGCGUCGCCGUCGUCGUCAAGCGGAGGCCCGCUGCGCUCGCCGCCGUCGCCGCCGCGUCGGGCGGGCGCCGGAGGCCGCCGGCGCGGUCACUUUGCCGCCCCGCUCGACGAUCGGCUACCCACCCCGCUGGUGUCGUGCGUGCGUGUCAUCGCCGGAUACGGGCUACGCCAUCAGGGCAUUUUUCGCGUGUCCGGCUCGCAGGUGGAAAUGCAGGCCUUGCGCGCGGCCUUCGAGCGCGGCGAGGAUCCCCUGGUGAACGUGCGCGACGCGUCAGACAUGAACUCCGUGUGCGGGUUGCUCAAGUUGUACUUGCGUGAACUGCGGCCUCCACUGCUGCCGCCGCAGCUGCAGGAGCGGCUCGUCCGCAUCGCCGCGCUGCCGGAUGACGCGGUUUUCGUGGCCCGUCUGCGAGACACGCUGGCGCUGCUGCCCCUGCCUGCACUGCUCGUCCUGCGCUACCUGUUCGCCUUUCUCGCGCAUCUCGCCGAACACAGCGAGCACAAUAUGAUGGACGCGUGGAACCUCGCCAUCUGCCUCGGGCCGACGCUGCUACCCGCAUGGGGCGAGGGAGGCGACCAGGUGGCUGCGCAGAAUCUCGUCAACGAGCUCGUCAAACGCACCAUCGUACACCACCGCGACGUGUUUCCGCAGGAUCUUGCGCCGCACACACUCUACCGCCGUCCGAGCCUCACUGUCGACGCGGAUCGGAGCAGUUUCAGUGAAAGCGAGGUGUACGGUGAAGAGGGCGGAGGCGAGGAGGAGCCCGAGGCCGGAGGCUCCGCGCGCGACGAUUCACUGUACGCGCACAUCGACACGGAGGGCGAACUGAGCGACGACCCCGCAGAGGAGGAGGAAGAGGCAUGGAGCGAACCGCGCGAUAGGUGUGUCCCGGAGGAAGAGCGACUCGCGCAGCCCGAGCGAGCCCGCAGCCCGACGCCCGACGCCGAGCUUGCCGCCGUCGCAGCCGCCCCGCACCCCCUCACCGCCGAUGCCUGCGCAAGGCUAGCGGAGAGCACGCCCGACCUCGUGCUGGACUUGCCGGCGCGGGAGCUCGGCGGCCCUUCGUGCCCGGCCGACACGUUCUUGCACAACCGUGACACGCUCAAGAAGCGGCCGGCGCCGCCCGCGCCCCACGCGAGUGCCGCCCCCGCCCCGGCCAGUCCCGUGCCCGCCAGGAACACGCUGCGCGUCGCCGCCAAGUUCGCCGAGCUGACGCUCACGGGAGGUUCACUGAAGCCCGCGCUCGCGGCGAAGCCAGCCCUGCUGCGCCGGCCCACGCCCCCCGCGACGGCCCCCGCCGCGCCGCCGCAACACGAAGACUCUUCGCGUCAGUUGCCACACUGA